CUUUGGGAACGCUUCGUAAACGUCAACCUUAUCAGUUGGCAUCUUUGCAUUCUCGGCGUCGAACCUGAGCAGCAACGAGAGGAAAAAACCGGGGAUGACAAUAUCUCCAAGGCCAAGCAAACUCAACUCGAUUUUUCCGGUGUCGUCGAGGGGUUCGAGUGACCUAGGAAAUAGCAGUUUGAUGGGACCGUCAAGGUUCUUAGCUACCGUAACCAUGACGUCCGUACCAAACACCCAGAAGAUGUCGUAAAAGAAGAGCCCCACCAGCAGAAUUGCUCCGAUUUUGUAGGUACCCAAGGAGAGCCGCUCGAUACCUUGCAAGCAAAAACAAAUGCCGAGUACGUUGUUCAGGGCCCAAUACUUCUUCUGGAAAUAGAGGAAUACAACACCAGCGGCCAGUAGAAUGGACACAGUGUCGGUUGCGGUGAGCUCGAGUCCAAUCUCAAAAUCCUCCGAAAGGAUCCAAGCCGGCAAAGGGUGGGGAAUCUUCUUCCUGAAUCCCAUUUUGUAUUCGUUCAUGGACUUGGGGGCGAUGUUGUCCAAAACUGGACUGAAGGUCAGCGCAAGAGCUCCGACGCCAACGAGGGCAAAGUAUCCACCUAUGAGAAGGUUCACAAGGUCUUCUCCCAAAAAUUUGAAGGCUAGGUACAAUCCGAAAAGGGAACAGCUUCCCAUGAUUGGAAAUUGCAUGGCGUCCUCCGUCUUCAGCGUCUCUUUUGCGGGAGCAUCCGGGUCGUAUCCUUCUUCUCCUUCCUUGGGGACCUCUUCCCUCAACACGAGCGACGAAUGGCAGGCAACAUACAAAAUAGCCGUCACCAAAACCAACAGAUGGACUACAUACGGGACCAAAACAAACUGCGACGCUCCCCAUACAAUCGCAAUUGUUGCGUAUGCCAAGGUCAACAAAGGGUCCUUCGUUUUCGUUGCAGAAUCACUCAUUUUCUUGAUUUUCCUUCAAUUUCUUGAUGAGAUUAGACAGACAGCUACUUGGAAGACUAUCUUGUAACCUUCUCCGUUCCCAACAAUGAUACCAUUCAAUGGUUAGUACUAUUGCGUUGCUAGUAAAUCGUAUUCAAUCCC